AUGACGAGGCUGGCUCUGCUGCUCCUGGCAUCGCUCGUGGCCGCAGUGGCCGCGCUCACCGAUCCGCCGGGCUUCAACAACUCGGACAUCAUGGGCUGGCUCGGCAACCGCAAGAAGGACGACGAUACGGAGCUCGUGUGGAGCAUCACGAUGCGUGGCACGGCCUUGGGCGUCAACACGACGGCGGCGCAGCGCGAGUGGGAAAAGCUCUACCGCAUCAACGGCGACCUAUUGCGCAACGACCAUACGAACCUCUGCCUCGAAGCGGCGUACACAGCCUCGGUGCUGCGCGUCUACGGCGCGGUCUGCAACGCGUCGUCGCCCGAGCAGACGUGGACCUUUGCGCACCGCCGGCUGGAGCACGCUAUGUUUCGCCGCAACUGCCUCGCGAUCGUCGAUGGAGCGACGCCGGUCGUGCGCAUGGAGGCCUGCGACCAGUCGGCGGCCGUGCCCAGCAGUCAGAAGAUCCGCUUCUUCCGCUAAGCAAAAAGUCGCAUGUAUUUAACCUCCGCAAUGCUCAAAUGCAGGGCUCUGAAAU